CAGUCUCAGCUGCUGCAGGCAGCCUGCCGUCGCUGUCGCUCGCUGCCGCCGUCGCCGCAGCUGUCACCGUCGCUGCAGCGUGAACGCGCACAGCCGGGCCGACCUCCUCGUUCUUCGCCUACCUUCGUUUCGGCGGGAGCUUGCGUGCGCGUGUGGUCGUUACAGUGCGCGUAGGUGCGCGCGACGUUCGGCAAACGACCGCCUGCUGCCGACUCAAUUGGAAAAUUGCGCCGCGUUGUGCAUCGAGGACUGGCGAGAGGACUUGGCGGGGCAUGAGUUUGGAGUCCGCGAUAAGGCACGCUCGUUGUCAAGCUGUCGCCUGGAACUCUACGUGGCGGUAGAGGAUGGCGGACCUGAAGAAUCUUACGGUUGGCUCCGGCGCUGGCUCGCGUUACAAUGGUGACGAGCAGGUGCAAUUCAUACCGAGCGGUAGUCAUCAGGUGACCAUUCGUUCUCCACCACCCACGACCAUUGGCUUUGAGAAUCUCAACAAUGUCCUACUUGGAGGCUCGCAGAACAAUCUGCACUGUGCGUGCAACGGCUCGGCGACCGCAGCGACGACCAACGGUAGCUGCAACAGCAGCGUGCUGGCGCGCAAAGUGCCGAACCACAGCCCGGGUCAGCCGUCGAAGAAGCCAGCGGUCGCGUUGACUCACCUGCCCAAGAGGCCGCCCGUCGAUAUUGAGUUUAAGGAUCUUGCCUACAGCGUUUCCGAGGGCAGACAAAGAGGCUACAAGACUAUACUAAAAUGCGUGCAAGGAAAAUUCAGAUCUGGAGAACUAACUGCCAUAAUGGGCCCUUCCGGCGCCGGGAAGAGUACGCUCAUGAACGUUCUCGCUGGAUACAAAACGUCAAAUUUAAGCGGUUCAGUUUUGAUCAACGGAAAAGACCGAAAUCUGCGAAGGUUUCGCAAAAUGUCCUGCUACAUCAUGCAGGACGAUCGACUUCUGCCACACCUGACCGUCUUGGAGGCGAUGACGGUUUCCGCGAAUCUCAAACUCGGCAAGGACAUCAGCGCGUCCGCCAAAAAAGUUGUGAUCGAGGAGAUCAUCGAAACGCUCGGCCUAAGCGACGCGAGUAAUACGCAAACCCAUUGCCUGAGCGGCGGCCAAAGAAAGAGACUGUCGAUCGCCUUGGAAUUGGUCAACAAUCCGCCAGUUAUGUUCUUUGACGAGCCUACCUCCGGCCUCGACAGCUCUUCCUGCUUCCAGUGCCUCAACUUACUCAAGUCCUUGAGCAGAGGAGGUAGAACGAUCAUUUGUACGAUUCAUCAGCCGAGCGCGAGACUGUUCGAGAUGUUCGAUCACCUGUAUCUGCUGGCGGAAGGUCAGUGCAUCUACCAGGGCAACGUGAGCGGCUUGGUGCCCUUCUUGUCGUCGAUGGGCCUCGAUUGCCCGAGCUACCACAAUCCCGCCGAUUACGUCAUGGAAGUAGCAUGCGGCGAGCACGGCGAGUGCGUGCACAAACUGGUCUGCGCGGUGAACAACGGCAAGUGCAAUAACUACCGCAGUUACCAGGCAGCCUUGAACGCCGCCAAUUCCGUGGUAUCCAACGACAUUGCCAAAGUGUCGACGCCGCAGGAAGAUAAGGAAUUGCCAAGCAACGGCAGCAAUGGCAAAUCGACAGUAGUGGCAGUUCAGCCCGAAAUGGCAAGUCUCCUGCCGAACGGAGUCGCUAAGCCUCCAGCUGCCACUGUCACGUCGAGUAAUGGCAAUGGCUCGACUGUACUGAAUAUACCUGUAUCGUGCACAACUUCGUUACUCGACAGUGCCGAGAGUAUCGAGCAAAAGGUCGGUUUUCCCACCAGCGGAUGGUCGCAGUUCUGGAUAUUACUUAAAAGGACUUUCCUCUCGCAGAUGAGGGAUAUGACGUUGACGAGGGUCAGACUGAUUUCACACAUAAUCGUUGGCUUUCUAAUCGGUGCAAUUUACUACGACAUCGGCGACGACGCCUCGAAGGCAAUGAGCAACGCCGGUUGUGUCUUUUUUACCGUCAUGUUCAUCAUGUUCACAGCCAUGAUGCCAACCAUACUCACCUUUCCUAUGGAGAUGGGUGUUUUCGUGCGAGAACACUUGAAUUAUUGGUACUCACUGAAGGCAUUUUACCUGGCGAGGACCUUGGCCGACAUACCAUUUCAAAUGGUGUACUCGAUAGCUUAUGUGCUGAUAGUGUACUUCAUGACGUCACAGCCGCUGGAAACCGAGCGGUUCAUGAUGUAUCUGAACAUUUGCAUUUUGACAUCAUUGGUCGCCCAGUCGAUCGGUUUACUGAUCGGCGCAGCGAUGAGCGUCGAGACGGGUGUAUUCAUCGGUCCGGUGACGUCGGUGCCGAUAGUGCUGUUCUCGGGCUUCUUCAUCAACUUCAGCGCGAUGCCGUAUUACCUCAAGUUCCUGCCCUACGUGUCGUACAUGAGAUACGGCUUCGAGGGGGCGAUGAUCACCGUGUACGGCUACGACCGCCAGCCGCUCAAGUGCAGCGAGGACUUCUGCCUGUACAAGAAGCCCAGGAAGUUCCUCAUGGACAUGUCGAUGGAUCACGCCGUCUACUGGAUCGACGCCACCGCGCUCAUCGGCAUCCUCAUCGGCGUGCGCAUCAUCGCCUACUUCGUGCUCAGGCUGAAGCUGCGCUCGCUGCGCUAAGCGCCAGCAGCUCGUCCAUCGCCACCACCGACAAUAAUAACGCGUUGCGAUCUCCGACUCGCUGCCGUUGCGAGACCGAGCUCCUCCAUUCGUGGCCGACCGCCGCGGCAGACGCUCGCGGAUUCUCUUUUGCGUUCUCGGUGCCAA